UCGUUGCCACAGUACUUUGAUUUUUUUAAAAAAAAUAUUUAAACAUGAUAGAUAACUCGAUACCAAACUAUAUAUAUAAGAAGACACAGCUACGUUCGAGCCUCUAACUUUUAAGGCACAUAGAGUGGAUCUAGUUGACACCGUGGACAUAAUAUUUUACGCACCAGUGCUUAAUUUUUUAUUUAUUUAUAUAUAUUAUUUUUAGACCGUUUGAAUAAUAUUUCGUGAGGAAUACAUCGCGUCUUAUCAGCCUUAUACAAGGGAUAUUUAAGAAAUUUUCUUUUUAAAAAAGAUUGCACUUUUGCUCCAGGAGCUAUGAUCUCCAGGAGUAUCUUCUACUGGCUCUCCCUUUUAGUCCUUUCCGUCUCCUCCCAGAGUCAAGAUGGUGAUCUUGAAGAGGAGACUGUGUUUGACUUGUUUGAGAUAAGUCACAUCACGCGAAAGACUCUGGGCGCAAAGCUCUUCCGGGGCCAAGACCCAAACGCCCCGGCGUAUCGUUUUAUCCGCUUCGACCAGCUGCCUUCCGUGAGGCCACCGGCGCUGAAGCAGAUCCUGCAGCGGAUGCAGAGUAGCGAGGGUUUCGUGUUUGUGGCGACCGUGCGGCAGGACCGUGCUUCCCGGGGCACCCUGCUCAGCCUGGAGGGCCCUGGGGGCAAGCGCCAGUUCGAUAUCAUCUCCAAUGGGCACGCCAAUUCUCUGGACCUCAUCUACUGGUUCGACGGCUCCCAGAACGUGGUGUCCUUUGAGGAUGUGGACAUGGCCGACUCGCAGUGGAAGAACGUCACGCUGCAGGUGCAGGGCGAGAAUGCCAACCUGUACGUGGGCUGCAGCCUGGUGGAUAGUUUCGUGCUGGACGAGCCCUUCUACGAGCAUCUGCGUCCAGAUGGUGCCCACAUGUUUGUUGCCAAGGGAUCCAUGCGUGAAAACCACUUCAGGGGUCUGCUGCAAAAUGUCCGUUUCAUCUUCGACACCUCGGUGAAUGACAUACUGCGAAGCAAAGGAUGCGAGGUGGCCAAGCCAGAGGAGACCAACACCGUGAGUGAGAAUGUGGAAGUAGUGGACAUCAGUCCGGCCAUCUCCAGCAACAUCAUCGGCAAGAAGACUGAGGAGGCGGUGUCGGAGCUGGGUCCGGAGACGUGCGAGCGCUCGUGUGAGGAGCUCAGCAACAUGUUUCAGGAGCUCAAGGGUCUGCGCAUCGUUGUAGGAAACCUCAUGGAGGGCUUGCAGAAAGUGACGGAUGAAAACAUGAUCAUGCGGGAAGCCCUUGGAAAGAUGAAAAACACCAAAGAGAAGCACAUGUGCUGGCAGGACGGACGUCUGUUUGAGGACAAGGAGGAUUGGAUCGUAGACAGCUGCACCAAGUGUACCUGCCAGGAGUCAAAGAUCUUGUGUCACCAGAUCACAUGUCCGGCAGUGUCCUGCGCAAGCCCUUCCUUCAUCGACGAGGAGUGCUGUCCUGUCUGCCUGUCAGCAAACGGCAGCGAGGACGGAUGGUCCCCAUGGUCUGAGUGGACUGAGUGCACCGUGACAUGCGGGACGGGUACACAACAAAGGGGCAGGUCCUGUGAUGCCACCAGCAACCCCUGCACUGGGCCCUCCAUCCAGACCCGCAAAUGCAGCCUGAGGAAAUGCGACAGUCGCGUCCGUCAGGAUGGUGGGUGGAGCUUGUGGUCGCCAUGGUCAUCAUGCUCAGUGACGUGUGGCGAGGGCCAGAUCACCAGAAUCCGGCAUUGCAACUCGCCUGUGCCUCAGCUGGGUGGCAAAGACUGCGACGGCAGUGGGAGAGAGACCCAAAAAUGCGAGGCCAGCCCCUGCCCUGUUGACGGUGGCUGGGGUCCCUGGUCUCCCUGGGCGACCUGUUCAGCUACCUGUGGAGGAGGAGUUCGCAGUCGCACCCAUGUCUGUAACAGCCCCCGCCCAAAGUAUGGCGGCAAGAAAUGCCAGGGGGACGCCACAGACAUCGAUGUCUGCAACCCACAAGACUGCCCUGUCGAUGGCUGCCUUUCUAACCCCUGUUUCGGUGGAGUGGACUGCAACAGUGCCCCUGAUGGCUCUUGGGAGUGUGGCCCCUGCCCCGUGGGUUUCCGUGGCAAUGGCACCUCCUGUGAGGACAUCAAUGAGUGUGACCUGGUGUCAGAUACAUGCUUCAAACUCCAUGGCUCGCCGAGAUGCAUCAACACCAACCCAGGAUUCCACUGCCUGCCUUGUCCCCCGCGGUACAAGGGCAACCAGCCCUUCGGUAUGGGUGUGGAGGCAGCCAAAAAGAACAAGCAGGUGUGUGACCCCGAAAACCCCUGUAAGGACAGCACCCACAGCUGCCACAAACACGCCGAAUGCGUCUACCUCAGCCAUUUCAGCGACCCCAUGUACAAGUGCGAGUGCAGGAUCGGCUACGCGGGCGACGGCAUCAUCUGUGGUGAGGACUCCGACCUGGACGGCUGGCCCAAUCAGAACCUGGUGUGCGGGGCCAACGCCACCUAUCACUGCAAAAAGGACAACUGCCCCAACCUGCCAAACUCUGGGCAGGAAGAUUUUGACAAGGAUGGUCAAGGAGAUGCUUGUGACAAAGACGAUGACAACGACAACAUCGACGAUGAGAGGGACAACUGCCCCCUGCUGUACAACCCACGUCAGUUCGAUUAUGACAAAGACGAUGUGGGCGACAGGUGUGACAACUGCCCUUAUGAGCACAAUCCAUCGCAGAUUGACACUGACAACAACGGGGAGGGCGACGCCUGUGCGGUUGAUAUCGAUGGUGAUGCUAUUCUGAAUGAAGAUGACAACUGCCCCUACGUGUACAACACAGACCAGAAAGACACUGACCUGGAUGGUGUAGGCGAUCAAUGUGAUAACUGUCCACUGAUGCAUAACCCUGACCAGACUGAUACAGAUAAUGACCGGGUGGGUGACCAGUGUGACAACAACCAGGAUAUCGAUGAGGAUGGCCACCAGAACAAUCUGGACAACUGCCCCUACAUCCCCAAUGCCAACCAGGCUGACCAUGACAAGGACGGGAAAGGGGAUGCCUGCGACUAUGACGACGAUAAUGACGGUGUCCCUGACGACCGGGACAAUUGCCGCUUGGUGCCCAACAAAGACCAGUUGGACUCUGACGGAGAUGGCCGCGGUGAUGCCUGCAAAGAUGAUUUUGACAACGACAGCAUCCCUGACAUCCUUGACGUGUGUCCAGAGAACAACGAGAUCAGUGUCACGGACUUCAGAAAGUUCCAGAUGGUCCACCUGGACCCUAAGGGGACCACACAGAUUGACCCUAACUGGGUGGUGAGGCACCAAGGCAAGGAGUUGGUGCAGACUGCCAAUUCUGAUCCUGGCAUUGCCGUCGGUUUUGAUGAGUUCAGUGCAGUGGACUUCAGCGGCACAUUCUACGUCAACACCGACCGGGAUGACGACUACGCCGGCUUUGUAUUUGGCUACCAAUCCAGCGCGCGUUUUUACGUGGUGAUGUGGAAGCAGAUCACUCAAACCUACUGGGAAGACAAACCCUCAAAGGCAUUUGGUAUCUCCGGAGUUUCCCUGAAGGUGGUCAACUCCACUACAGGCACCGGAGAGCAUCUGCGGAACGCCCUGUGGCACACGGGUAACACCGCUGGCCAGGUGCAAACUCUGUGGCAUGACCCAAAGAACAUUGGCUGGAAAGAUUAUACCGCCUACCGGUGGCAUCUUAUCCACAGACCGAAGACUGGCUUCAUCAGGGUCGUGGUGUAUGAAGGAAAGCAGAUCAUGGCUGACUCGGGUCCUGUCUAUGACAAGACGUACGCUGGAGGCAGAUUAGGGCUGUUUGUCUUCUCUCAGGAGCUGAUCUUCUUCUCCGAUCUCAAAUACGAGUGCCGAGAUAACCCGGAAUUUUCCCCUGUGUUGAUAAGAUAACUGACCUACAUCUGACACGACAAUGAUGAAGUACUGGACAGGCUCACCUCAGUCUCCUCCUGGUCAUCAAGCUUUCCCACCAAUUGCGUCUCCAUCCAUUGGCCAAUAAGUGAGAGCCCCACCCCUAUCGAAGCUACAAUGCGCACUCCCUACCCAGUCUGCCAAUGGCAGGCAGAUGUGUCUGAGGACGAGCAAAGGUCAGCAUCGAAGGGAGUCCUACUCUUCUCUGGAUAUCAUACUGUUACCCUGACACCCAAGUACUUUCAUCUAAUUUUCAUCAGUGUUUUAAACGGAUCAUUUAAAGAUUAGUCUUUUGACUUUUUUUACAUUAUCUUUAUUACUGGUCACACAUAUUUCGGUUUCCUGGAUCAGGUUGGUAUGGUGUGUCACGCUUUUCUUGCACUUUGAUACGAGAUAUCUUGAUGCAUCCUUAAUGAAGGACCACGCUUCACAUCCAUGUAUUGCCCCACCACAGACUGAACAGGGGCUGCGGGGGCCGUGGGGGCCGGUGGCCGUCCUCUUCGGCCUCGGCUUCGAUGCACAAACGGCCUCUUUUGUGUUUUGUUGUUACUGCAGUGUUUCCUGCCAUCUUGAAUACAUACCUUUUGAAUGCAUACCAGUUCUUGAAUUAAUUUUUAAUUUGAGUUUAUUAAAAUUUUAUGUAGUCUGUUUUAGUCUAUCCCUAUAUUCUAACAGGGAUCAUUUAAAAACUUAUUAAGUUUUUGGCGGAUGAAGAUGUUUAUAUUUAGACUGUAUGAUAAUUUCUUCUGUAAAUUAUUUAUAUUUGUCUUACAGCAUUAUUAGUUGAUGUUAGAUUUGUUCCAUUUUUGCCAAAGAUUGUAAAUAUUUAUUUAUUUGUUUACACUGACGGAAUUUCAUAAUUUGAAGUACAAAACACAUUGAAUUACAGCAUCCAAAUUUUCCAUACAUCAGGAUAUUUUUUUUAAGUAUAUUUACAGAUUUAUUUUGAUUGGUAUGUUCACCUAAAAUCACAAAAUAUAAAGCACAAUGUAUUCAAUGAAAGGAAAAAGGCAGCCGUUUUCUCUAAUUGUGUGAUUGUGCAGACAUGUUUAAACAACGUCAGAUCAGCAAAUCAAGGGGUGUCAUUUCAGAAAUGACGGUUUAACCAACAAAUGCUUAUUUAUGCUAACCGUUCACAUUUUUUGAUAUCUUCAGUCAGUGGGUUUGUACUUUUUGGUUUUUACUAAACAUAAAAAGCCAGAUGCAAUUACACAUUCAUUGUUUUUUUUUUUUAUAUUACGAAUAACCACAGAUACAUAGAUGCAAAACAUUGACAAUGUAUAGCUACUAGUUCUUUGUAUAGCAUUAUUUUAUAUUUUUAAUUAGUAGCAUAUUUUCUGAUGGUUUAUGAUGCACAAAUGUAAAUUUUCCUGCUACCCACCUCAUUUUUUGAUUUAGUUAUAAAGCAAACAUUUUGUACAUGUUCACUGUUGGAGAGAUGAUUCAUAAAUAAAUAUUUUAUAUUCAUUUCAUUAUCA